AUGGAGGCCAAGAUGGAACGCUUCUUCGAGUCCGUGGGCAAUUUCUUCAGCGGAGGCGACCACAUCCCCUGGUGCGACCGCGGCCUCAUCGCCGGCAUUGAAAGAGAGCUUGCCGAUGCUGCAAAUGAUGAACAGAGGAAUUCUAGUCUUAUGAGGUUAUCAUGGGCCCUUGUGCACUCCAAGCAGACGGAUGAUGUAAACCGUGGAAUCAGCAUGCUUCAAGCUUCUUUGGAUAAUUCUGGCAGUCCUCUGGAGACUAAGGAAAAGAUGUACUUGUUGGCAGUUGGCCUCUACAGGAUUGGCGACUACUCAAAAAGCAGGCAACUUGCAGAUCGUUGUUUGGAGAUUCAACCUGACUGGAGGCAGGCCAUGUCUCUGAAGAAGGCAAUAGAAGAUAAAAUUGCCAAAGAUGGUGUGAUUGGAAUAGGAAUCGCGACAGCUGCCGUGGGACUUCUGGUUGGUGGAAUAGCUGCUCUUGCCAGGAAGAAGUGA